ACCUCACUGAAGGUGAGCCGCUCCCCAUUCCUGGACAGAUGCAGGUGAUUGGCACCCGACCCAAAUCUCAACCAGGAAACUGAAAAGUUGAAGUGGCAGUCCUCCCUCAGAGAAGACUUAUUUUGUCAGCUGUGAGCGUGCGUUGAGGUCAAAGACCACUGCUAUCCUGGGAUUAUUAAAAUGACUGUUUGUUUUAUGGAAUGCGGAUUCUCCCAAACUAUUUCCGUCUUCAUUCCUGAGACAGAAUGACUUGCGAUGACUGACAACCAUAAUAUGGAGAUCCAAAUGAGGUGUUCUGUGUGUUGGGAGGGUUUUUUGGCAUGUUUUAGAAAGCCGAGCCAAUCUGUAGAUGUGAGCAGGCGUCAGGACAAAGACAGAUCUGACACUGUUAUUGAAAAUCCCGGUGCACAAAUCUCAGAACGGGACUUUCAAUUAAACAGGUCUUUACCGCCACUGCCCGUUGAGAAUCCCAGGAAUCAUUACAUCGCCCUGUAUGAUUACUCUGCUCGCACUGAGGAGGACUUGAGCUUCAACUCCGGGGAUACUUUGGAGGCUCUGGAUAAAAGUGCUGGUGAUUGGUGGUUUGCCAAAGCGCUCACCGGGAUUUCAGCCCCCAAACAGGGAUAUAUCCCCGCUAAUUAUGUGGCACCUGUGGAGAGUAUCGAUGCAGAACCAUGGUAUUUUCACGACACCAAGAGGCAGGAUGCAGAGAAGAUGCUGUUGGCUGGAAGGAACGAACAAGGCGCCUUCCUCAUCAGGGACUGUGAAAGUCAGAAAGGAGAGCUCUCCCUCUCGGUGCUGGACAAUGGGAGGGUGAAGCAUUACAAGCUGAAAAAACUGGAAAAUGGUCGCUACUUUGUGUCGAGGACCAAGGAUUUUGCAACACUGAAGGAGUUAGUGGAACAUUACUCCGGACAGUCAGAUGGCCUCUGUGUGCGUCUGGGUGAACCAUGCAGAAAGAUGGAGGCCCCACAGACUCACGGUCUGUCCUACAACACGGUGGACCAAUGGGAGAUUGACCGCAAAUCCAUCAGGCUGGGGAUGAAGCUGGGAGCCGGUCAGUUUGGAGAAGUCUUUGAGGGCCUGUGGAACGACAGCACAGCAGUCGCAGUGAAGACCCUCAAACCUGGUACCAUGGACCCUGAGGACUUCCUGAGAGAGGCUCAGAUCAUGAAGAGACUGCGGCACCCUAAGCUGAUCCAGCUGUACGCUGUCUGUACCAUGGAGGAGCCCAUCUACAUCGUCACAGAGCUGAUGAAGCACGGCAGCCUGCUGGACUACCUGCAGAAGGACAAGGGUACCAAACUGCGUAUCUCUGACCAGAUUGAGAUGGCUGCUCAGGUGGCAGCCGGCAUGGCUUACCUGGAGUUACAGAACUACAUCCACCGAGACCUGGCAGCCAGGAACGUGCUGGUGGGGGAGAACAACAUCUGCAAGGUGGCUGACUUUGGCCUGGCCAGGGUCUUCAUGAAAGAGAAUGAAAAUGUGUACGAAGCCAAAGAAGGCACCAAAUUCCCUGUGAAAUGGACCGCUCCUGAGGCCAUCCAUGACAACAAGUUCACCAUCAAAUCUGAUGUUUGGUCCUAUGGAAUUUUAUUGUAUGAGAUCAUGACAUUUGGCCAAAUGCCUUACCCAGGCAUGACAAACUACGUGGUGGUCCAGAAGCUUGCCGAGAACUACAGGAUGUCGUGCCCUCCCAGCUGCCCCAAAGUCAUGUAUGACAUCAUGAUGGAUUGCUGGAAGGAGAACGAGCAGGACCGGCCCACAUUCGAGACCCUGCAGUGGAAGCUGGAGGACUUCUUCGACUUGGACGUGACCUCCUACGACGAUGCCAACCGUUAUUAGAACAUUGACGGGGCCGUGACAUGUUGAAAGACGAAAGGAACCAAAAAACAUUCUGUAUGCAGCGAAACAAAAUCAAAUCCACUUGAAUCUAGACAUCAAUGAUGUUUCUAUGAAAUAACAGAUUCUAAAGUAAUUUGAGAUUCCACUCUGUGUGGUAAAAUGAAGGAUCUAUAAUGUUUUGCAUGUGAAUACUGUGACUGUAAGUGUGACAUGCAGUGAGGAAGCUUUUACUACAGCAACAGUCAGUUGUGACACUUGUUUUGCUUGUUUUGCUUUGUUUGACAACUGAAUGCACUUUCAGACAGGCAGUGUAUGCGUCUAGCCUAACUCUUACAGCACACUUGACUGGAAGAGGCUGCUUUCAACAGAGCCUGAAAGCUGCUAUCUGUUCAUCUUGACGAACCAGUUCUUCAUACACUCGCCAUAGCAGCAUAGCGGGCAUUCUUUCCACUGGCUACCUGCCAAGUUAUUAUCGGAAGAUACCUGAGAGGAUUUAAUCAUGGUCACUUACAAGCUGUAAGAAACUGUGUCUUAGAGGGGUCACUGAGUGAGUAGCAGGUGUCCUGUUCCUGAUUGCAUAUGUAUAUGAUGUUAACAUUAUUCAAAGGUAGGUGACUGCCCAUUAAAUGAAAGCAGAAUAACAUACUAACAAACACUAGUUCUUUUCUUACAUAAAAACUAUUUUACUCUAGAGACAGGUUUACGCCUUCAUUACAUAAUCGAGCUAUUUGAUGUUAAGCUUUUGUCUUCGUGCCACUCCAAUAAUUUCUACAAGAGAGCUAAAAACAAAGAACAUGAUCAGGUUAGUUCAGUACAGAGCCCAGCAGGUGUUAGGGAGAAAAAAUAACACUAAAUUGUUGCACACAGAUUAUUAAAUUGUGUACUAGAAUGAUUCAUUCAUGCAUAAAACUACUCAAACCUGUUGUUGAAAUAAUAAUUUGUCCUCACCAAUUAACAGAACAUAAUAAUAUCAACAUUUGUUUUGAUUUGUUUAAAGUGGGAUUAUGUAACUUUUGAAAGAAGAAAUAAUGCAUUGUUCCUUUUACAAUUUAAAAGUUUAAUUUAUAAGCAAUAAAUCUCCCCCUUUUCUAAAGUCAGCACUCCACACAUUCAGAUAGAUAUUGCUGUGUAACAUAACUGAGUCAGUUCAAUGACUCUUCUCUGCUUGUGCUAUUGUUACACUACAUUUUACCAUCAUUCAGUAAUUGUCACUUGUGGCCACAGUGGCUGUUAUUCCAUAAAAAGUGAUAGAGUUUCAUGUCAAAGUUACCUUAACAGUGCAAAAUGUACAGUGAAAGUUGUCAGGCCAACUGUUCAAUUGUAAAUGAGCCACUUGGAUUGAGUACAUGUUUUAUUUUUUGGACAGAUAUGUGGCUGUACUUUGGAGUUUCCCUGUUUAAACAAUGUUGUAUUACCUUUGGCACCCCUUAAAAUCUGUUAGGAUCACGCAAAAUUGUUAACUUGUGCACAUAAAUUAGGUCAUUUGAAAGCACAAACAGUUUGUCUCCUUAAGACCUGCCAGGCUUUGUGUGUUUGGUAGUCCGUGGCUCUGUACAGCCCCCAAAUCAUCAAGUCUACUCCUGGUCGCUACCCAUUGAUAUCUGCUUGCAUAGCAGUGUGCAUUUAGUUGAAUGCAUUUUUUCUGUUAGUCUUAUUUAUGUGGGACCUACAGUGUAAUGGCUCGAUGACUGAACAAUGUUGUGACACUGGACUUACUGUAAUUCCUGCUUUUUUAAAAAAUGAUUCUGUUGUAAAGUUGUAAAGCUGCUCUGAGAUACAGCUACAAUAUUGAAAAGACAGAUGAUGACUAAUCAGACAUAUAUAUAUAUAUAUAUUUAACUAGCUGAAUCUGGUGGAUUUUCUCAUGUUCUGAUUAUUUUGUAUGUUUUUAGAGUCUUGAACAAAAUCUUGUUAAUUGUACAUAACCAUGGCAGUGUUUUAUACAAUACUGUAUUUUAACAUGAUUAUCCUUUAUGUAUAACAUAAUAAAGUGAAUUGUAUUCCGUA